AUGCAACGUAAUCAACAACAACAAAUUACAAAGCAACAGCAGCAAUAUUCCUCACAACAGGAAUAUGUGCAGCAACAGCAACAAUUCUCAUCCCAACAACGAAUCGAACAAUCUUUUACAAGUACUCGACAAGUGACACAACAAGUUCAACAAAGAGUUCAACAACAUGGUGGUUAUGUUCAACAAAUUUCGCAAACACCAACAAGUGGCGCACCAGCUGCUAUUCAAUACGUUCAACAACCGGUAACUCCAACGGUUUCAUCAACACCAACACAAAAUUAUGCACCGCCAAUUUUUGAGCAAAUUUUCAAAAAUGCUCGCUUCGCUCAAGGUGGAAAUGCAACAUUCGAAGGUCGUCUUAAGGGUACUCCAAUGCCAGAAGUGUCAUGGACACGCAAGGGUGCACCAUUGUUUGAUUCACAAAAGUAUCGAAUGACUUAUAAUCAAACAACUGGUGAUGUCACUUUGACAAUCAAUCAAAUUGGACCUGGAGAUGAGGGCGAAUAUACAUGUCGGGCUCGUAAUGCUGUUGGUGAAGCUAUUUGCUCAGUCUUUAUUCAACCUGAAGGACUUCCAGCACCACAACUUCAACAAACCAAAAUCAAUGUUCAGCAACAACAACAGCAAAGAGUUUAUCAACAACAAACAUCUAAGCAAACCAAUGGAUACUCCUUUACUUCUCAUGAGGAAGAAUUUAAGGUUGAUACCUUUGAGUACCGUCUAUUGCGUGAAGUUCAAUAUCGUGAACAAAUUACUCGUCGUUAUGCUGGUGAACUUGAUUCACAACUUAUAACUCUUGUUGAUCGUGCCUUAGGCCCAGCAUCACCACCACUCAUUCAAGUUAAGCCACGCAACUCAAAACUCAUUGAAGGCUCUGAUGCCAUCUUCUCAAUGAAAGUUGCUGGUAAUCCAAAAGUACGCUUAAGCUGGUUCCACAAUGGCAAUCGUAUAAUCCCAUCAGAGACUAAGCAUGAAAUUUCUUAUUCAAACAACCAAGCUACUCUCCGAAUUAAGAAUUCUGCUGCAUCUGAUUCUGGUCAUUAUACAUUGUUAGCUGAAAAUACUCAAGGAUGUGUUGUCUCAUCAGCCGUUCUUGCUAUUGAACCAGCACAAGAACAACGUGCUUAUACCCCAGCAGCUGAUAACUAUGCUGAAACGACAGAACAAGCAAAGGCAUUGGCACCAACCUUCAUUAAAGUCUUCCAAGAUCGUGAGACACAAGAAGGAAAAAUGACACGUUUUGAUUGUCGUGUUACUGGACGUCCAUAUCCUGAAGUCACUUGGUUUAUUAAUCAAGUUCAAGUUAAUGACGAUGCUACUCAUAAAAUCCUCGUUAACGAAUCAGGAAAUCAUUCAUUGAUGAUCACAAACGUUAGUCGAUUUGAUGGAGGUGUUGUUACAUGCAUUGCUCGUAACAAGUCAGGCGAAGUGUCAACUCAAGGCAGCCUUAUUGUUCUCGAACGUGAACAAGUCGUUGCCCCGAAAUUCGUCGAAAGAUUCACAACUGUUAAUAUUCGUGAAGGUGAACCUGUUAGAUUGUGUGCACGUGCUGUUGGUACUCCAGUUCCAAGAAUUACAUGGCAAAAGGAUGGAGCACAACUUAUUCCAAAUGAUAAUCUUUAUAUUGGAGUUGAUGGCGGUGCUACAGCUUUGGAUAUUCCACAAGCAAUGUCUAGUGAUGCUGGUUGGUAUCAAUGUACUGCUCAAAAUGUUGCAGGCUCAACUGCUACACGUGCAAGAUUGUUUGUCGAAACCACCAAACCACAAUAUACCGAACAAAAAAAGAUUAACUUCCCUAAACCAACUAGAGUCAUUGAACCUGAACCAGCACAGGAACCAGAAAUUAUCUACUUAAGACAUGUUGAACGUGCUAAGCCACAUGCAACAGCUGUUGAAGAAGAUCGAGUCUAUCCACCACCCCAAUUUAUUGUCCCACUUCGUGAUGUCAAUCAAGUUGAAGGUGGUAAAGUGCACUUUGAAGCACGUAUUGAACCUGUCGGAGAUCCAACAAUGAGAGUCGAAUUCUUAUUGAAUGGAAAAUUGAUUGUCGCUAGUUCACGUGCAAAUUGCACCUUCCAAUUUGGAUUUGUUGCAUUGGACUUGAUCAGCGUUAUUGUUGAAGACAGUGGUGAAUAUGUUUGUCGGGUAACAAGUGCCGGUGGUGUUGCUGAGUCACGUGCAAUUUUGCGUGUUACUCAAAAACCAGCUAUUGAAAAGUCAACUCAACAUCCAUCAAGUUUGGAAUAUAUCCAACAUUUGGAAGAUUAUUCCAAAUAUCAACGUAGUGAAAGCAUUGAAGAGACAUCAACUCACAUGCCACACUUCAUCCGUCCAUUACAAGACUUAGGUGAUAUUGAAGAAGGAAAGAAUGCUCACUUUGAAGCCCAAUUGACUCCAGUCUCCGAUCCAACGAUGAGAGUUGAAUGGUACAAAGAUGGUCGAGCGAUUACAGCCAGCUCAAGAAUCACUGCAAUCUUCAACUUUGGCUAUGUCUCCCUUAACAUUAUGCAUCUACGGGCUGAAGACUCUGGUUCAUAUACAGUUCGUGCUGUUAAUCGCAUUGGUGAAGCUUUAAGCACAUCAAACAUCAGAAUUAUCUGUAAGGAAACUGUCACUGGAGAUUUGGGUAUUUCCGAACAACAACGUCAUAUCCAAAAAUGUGAGCAAUUGGAACAAUAUCAUCAAUAUCAAAACAUGAAGCUUGUUGAAGAACAGCCUGAAAGUUAUGUCCGUCCAGAAUUUAAGAAUCCAAUUAGUGAUCAAUUGAAUAUUCGCGAAGGUGGAUUCGCUCAUUUCGAAGCUCGUCUCGAACCAGUCGGUGACUCAACAUUACGUGUUGAAUGGUUGAAAGAUGGAAAAGUUGUUGAGGCUAGUUCUCGUAUUACUUCCUUCUUCAACUUUGGAUAUGUUGCAUUGACCAUCAAGCAAGUAACUGUCCAUGAUGUUGGCACUUACACUUGCCGUGCAUACAAUGCAUUAGGUGAAGCACAAACAGCAGCUAAAAUGACAGUCAUCACAAAACAAGAUGUCAUUGUCGAGUCACAACAUCAAUUGGGUCUUGAAAGAAUCCAACAAUUGGAAGACUCAACACGUCAUACAAGAACAACAGUCACACAUGAAAAGCAAAAGGAACAAGAAGAAAUUUUGUUGAACAUUCAACCAAGAUUCUUAGGUCCAAUGAAAGGAACAACAAAGAUCAUCGAAGGACAACGCGCUCAUUUUGAGGUCCGCGUUGAGCCACAAAGUGAUUUGUCAAUGCAAAUUGAAUGGUAUCACAAUGGUCAGCCAAUUAUGCCAGCCAAUCGUAUCCAAAUGUAUCACGAUUUUGGAUAUGUUGCUUUAGAUAUUUUGGGAGUUCGUGGCGAAGAUGCUGGCACAUAUACAGUUGUCGCACGUAAUAGUUUGGGUGAAGCUCAAACAAGCGCUACAAUGUUGGUAGAAACUCGCUCAAGCAUUGAUACAUCAACAUUACAUCGCGGAACAUACGAAAAAACACAACGAAUGGAAGAUUCCAAAUUUGUCGAACCACAAUAUAAUAUCGAAGAAAUUUGCCGUUCGAAGCCACACUUCACGGCACUACUUUCUGAUCCACAACCGGUUCAGGAAGGAAGAAAUAUUCAUCUUGAAUGCAAAUUGGAGCCAGUCAAUGAUCCAACAAUGAAAGUCGAAUGGUUCCAAAAUGGUCGUCCAAUUACUGUCGGUUCACGGUUCCGUACUUACUAUGACUUUGGAUUUGUUGCAUUAGAUAUCAUCCAUGCAUCAACAAUGGACGUUGGUGAAUAUACCGUACGCGCAACAAAUCAACUUGGAAGUGCUCAUACAUCAGCUUGUGUACGUGUCAUUGGACAACGUGAUGUUGUUACCGAGACACAAAAUGAAAUGUCAUUAGAACAUAUUCAGUUCUUGGAAGAUGGAUCACGUUUCCGUCGUGAAACAUCUGAGGAUGUUAGCAUCGCUCAAGCACCAACUUUCACUCGUCCAUUACACAAUAUUGAGACAAUUGAAGGAACCAAUGUACAUCUUGAAUGUCGCUUACAACCAGUCAGUGAUCCAUACAUGAGAGUCGAUUGGUUCGUUAAUGGAGUUCCAGUCAAGACAGGUCAUCGUUUCAGACCAGCACAUGACUUUGAUUAUGUUGCUUUAGAUUUACUUGGAGUUUAUGCUACUGACUCUGGUGUCUACACAUGUCAAGCUCGCAAUCAACUUGGUGAGGCUGUUACAUCAUGCUCAGUCAAGAUUAUUGCCAAGAAGGACUUGAUUAUGGAUUCACAAUAUCCAGCUGGUUUGGAAAAGAUCCAAUACUUAGAAGAUACAUCACGUUAUCAACGUAAUGAAUAUGUCGAUGAAAUUGUCAACAUCAAGCCACGUUUCCUUACCAAACCAAAGAGCAUGGAAGGCAUGAAAGAAGGUCAACAUGCUCACUUUGAAUGCAAGCUUGAACCAGUCACUGAUCCAAACUUGAAAGUUGAAUGGUUUAAGAAUGGAAGACCAAUUGCGAUUGGUCAUCGUUUCCGUCCAAUUCAUGACUUUGGUUAUGUUGCACUUGACAUUACUGACUUGAUUGCUGAAGAUACAGCAACAUACACUUGCCGUGCAGUCAACUUGGUUGGAUAUGAUGAAAUUACCUGCAAUCUUAUUUGCAAGGGAAGUGCACAAAUUUUGACAACAACUCAAAAUGAAUGUGGACUUGAACAGAUCCAGUUCUUGGAAGACAAGUCACGUUACCAACGUCAUGAGGAAAUUGAUGAAGUUUCCAAACAAGCUCCAAUCUUUACAACAUCAUUGAAAAACAUUGAGAUCCGUGAAGGACAACGUGCUCAUUUUGAAUGUCGUUUGAUUCCAGUGUCUGAUCCUCAUUUGAAGGUUGAAUGGUAUCAUAAUCAAAUCCCAUUGAAAUCUGGUUCCAGAUUCACAGAAACUAACAAUUUUGGAUUUGUUGCUCUUGACAUCAUGGCUUGUAUGCCAGAAGAUUCUGGAACAUACACUUGCCGUGCCAUCAAUCAAUUAGGUGAAGCCAUUACAUCAGCAGUUGCUGUCGUUCAUUCACGCAAAGCAAUUGUCUUGGAAACUCAACAUGAAGCAGCUCUUCAAAGUUUGAGAAUCUUGGAAGAUACUUCACGCUACCAUCGCGAUGCUGUCCAAGAUGAAACCAUCACUCAAGCUCCAGUUUUUACAUUACCUGUUCGUGAUGUUAAGACUAAUGAAGGACAUGCUGUACAUUAUGAAGCUCGUUUGAUUCCAGUUGGAGAUCCAAAACUUACCGUUCAAUGGUUCAGAAAUGGAGUUCCAAUUGAAGCAUCCAAUCGCCUCUCAACAAUGCACGAUUUUGGAUAUGUUGCUCUCAACAUGAAGUAUGCCAACCCUGAAGAUUCAGGAACUUAUACUUGUCGUGCAAUCAAUGAACUUGGACAAGCUGUCACAUCAGCUACACUUAUUGUACAAUCCAAGGCAGCUUUAGACUUGCAAACCCAAAACGAGGCAGCUCUCGAAAAGAUCCACAUGCUUGAAGACUCAACACGCUUCCAACGUCGUGAAGAUGAAGAAGUCAUUGUCACACAACCACCACACUUUACUGUCAAAUUGAUGGGACCAAGCAACUUAAAGGAAGGUCAAUCAGCUCAUUAUGAAUGCCGCAUUGAACCAUAUCCAGAUCCAAAUUUGAAAGUCGAAUGGUUACAUAAUGGAAAACCAAUACAAACUGGUCAUCGUUUCCGUACAAACUAUGACUUUGGAUUUGCUUCUCUUGAUAUUCUUACUGUCUAUCCAGCUGACAGCGGUGAAUACACAUGCCGUGUUACUAAUCGUUUAGGACAAGCUCAAUCAGCUGUUAAAUUGAAUGUUGCUUCACGUUCAUCAAUUAUUUACGAAACACAAAAUGAAGGAGCUUUAGAGAAGAUCCAAUACCUUGAAGAUGCAUCACGUUAUCAACGUCGUGCUGAAGAAGAGCAAUACACUGCUGAAAAGCCACAAUUUGGUCGUCCAUUAAGAAAUGCUAAUGUUAAUGAAGGAGUUCCAAUUCACUUGGAAGCUACUCUCGUUCCAGUCAAUGAUCCAACAAUGAAGGUUGAAUGGUUUGUCAAUGGACGUCCAAUUCCAGCUGGUUCACGUUUCAGAACAACUUAUGACUUUGGAUUUGUUGCCUUGGAUAUUAUGGAUGCUCAUGCUGAAGACACUGGAACUUACAUGUGCAAAGCCAAGAAUGCUGUCGGUGAGGCUAUGACGACUUGCGCUGUAAAAGUCACAGCUAACAAAAUUUUGUACUUGGAAACAUUGGACGAAGACCGUUACAAGAAGAUUCAAGAACUUGAAAGCUAUCAUCAACCAAAGACUGUUGAAGCUGAAACACCUGGUCAAAAACCAGUCUUCCUUACUCCACUUAAUAGCUUGGAGAAUUUGAAGGAAGGUGAUUAUGCUCAUCUUGAAUGUCGUGUCGAACCAAUUAAUGAUCCAGACUUAAGAAUCGAUUGGUUUGUCAAUGGAAAACCAAUUCGUGCUGGUCAUCGUUUCCGUACAACUCACGAUUUCGGAUAUGUUGCUUUAGAUAUUCUUUAUGCUUAUGGUGAAGACACUGGUACUUACAUGUGUCGUGCAACCAAUAAACUCGGUGAAGCUGUAAGCACAUGCAAUAUUAAGGUUGUUAACCGUCGCAGCAUCAUUUUGGAUUCACAACAUCCAGAUGGUUUAGAAAAGAUCCAAAAAUUGGAAGCUCAAGUUCGUCCAUCGAAAUUGGAAGUUGAAGAUCAACCCGUUUCUCCACCACGUUUUGUCACUGAAAUGCGGGGAACAAAUGAGGCAGCUGAAGGACAGACUGCUCACUUUGAAGGUCAAAUUGAACCAAUCCAUGACCCGAAUUUGCGUAUUGAAUUCUUCCAUAAUGGCAAGCCAUUACAAUCAGCUUCACGCUUCCACACAACAUUCGAUUUCGGUUAUGUCUCAUUGGAUAUCACUCAUGUUGUUCCAGAAGAUGCUGGUGAAUAUACAGUCAAGGCUUUUAAUGCUCUUGGACAAUGCAAGUCAUCAGUUAACUUCAAGGUCGUUCCAAAGGGAAGCAUCAUCUAUGACACUCAGAUUCCUGGAGGUUUAGAGAAGAUUAAGGCUCUUGAAUCAGCUCAACCAUGGCAAAGACCAGAAAUUGCUGAACCAGCAACUAAACAAAGACCCGUCUUCACACAGCCAUUACAAAACAUUGACUAUCUUCCUGAAGGUCAAAAUGCUCACUUUGAAGCUCGUUUGAUUCCAGUUGGUGACCCCAACUUGAAAGUCGAAUGGUUCAGAAAUGAGAAGCCAAUUGAAGACAGUUCUCGUAUCAGAACUCAACAUGACUUUGGAUUUGUCUCAAUGGACAUUGCUCACAUUCGUGAUGAUGAUCAAGGUGUUUACAUGUGUCGUGCCACAAAUCCACUUGGUGAAGCUGUUACAACUGCUUCAAUGAAGGUUGGAACAAAGGCAAGCAUUCUUUUGGAAACACAACAUCCAGAAGGUAUGAGAAAGAUCAUGAAAUUAGAACAACCACUUGCAGCACGUCCAGAAGAACCAGAUCGUGACUUUGAGAAACCAAUCUUUACUCAAUUGCUCUCUGGACCAUCUGAAAUUUGGGAAGGUCAAAAUGCUCACUUUGAAGCUCGUGUUGUUCCAGUCGGAGAUCCAUCACUUCGUUUUGAAUGGUUUGUCAAUGGCAAGGAACUCAAAUUGGGAUCAAGAAUUAAGACAACAACCGAUUUUGGAUUUGUCACUCUUGAUAUUAUUGGAUCAGUUCCUGAAGAUGCUGGCGUUUACAUGUGCAAAGCAAUCAACAAAGCUGGCGAAGCUGUAUCUUCAAUUUCAAUGAAGGUUCGCUCCAAAUCAUCAAUUGUCGGUGAGAGCUUAUUACCAGAAUCAUGGGAAAAGAUUCAAUUGAAAGAAGCUUCAAUGCAACAACGUCCAGAAUUGUUCCCAGAAUCUGGUCCACAACAAGCACCAGUCUUUAUUCAACACUUGCAAAGUCACGAUAAGCUCGUUGAAGGUCAACAUAUUUACCUUGAAGCAACUGUUGAACCAAAAGCAGAUCCUAACUUGCGCAUUGAAUGGUUCAAGAAUGGAGUUGCACUUACAACUGGAGCUCGUAUUAAGAGCACAUUCGAUUUCGGUCUUGUUGGAAUGUCAAUCAAUUCAUUACGUGAUGAUGAUUCAGCCAUUUACACAUGCAAGGCUACAAAUCUUUUGGGAGAAGCUGUUACAACAUGUACAUUAAAGGUUGAAGAUAAGCACUGGUUAUUGGGUGAAUCAUUACAUCCACAAUCAUUGCCAAGAAUUAUUGAUUUGGAAGCACCACGUGGUGGUAAGGCUGAUUCAGGAGAACCAGUCUAUGAAUCACCAGUCUUCAUCACUCAUCUUAACAAUGUUGAAUGUAAAGAAAAUGAAAAUCCUCACUUUGAAUGUAAUGUUGAACCAUCAAAGGAUCCAACGAUGAAAAUCGAAUGGUUUGUCAAUGGAAAGCCAUUGCCAGCUGGUGCUCGUUACAAGACAACAUACGAUUUCGGAUUUUGUUCAUUGGAUAUUAUUGGAGCUUAUGCUGAAGAUUCUGCUGUUUACACCUGUAAAGCUACUAAUAACAAGGGAACCGCAUCAACAUCAGGAACCCUUAAAUGUACUGGAACUGCUACAAUGUUCCUUGAUACACAACAUCCACAAGGCAAGGCUGGUCUUGAAGCCGUUGAAGGCAAGGAACGUGACAUUGCUGACAAGUAUAAGCGUCAAACAUCAGUUCCAGACAAGGAUUAUGGUCCACCAGAAUGGAUUGUAUCUGUCGAGCCAGAAAAACGUCUUGGUGAAGCUCAACCUUUACAUUUGGAGGGUCAAGUUGAACCAAAACAAGAUCCAAAUCUCAAGAUCGAAUGGUAUUUCAAUGGAAAACAAUUACAACAUGGAUCUCGCUUCAAAUUUACCAAUGACUUUGGAUUUGUUACAUUGGAUUUGAGUGAAGUUUAUGAACGUGAUCAAGGUGUUUAUACAUGCAAAGCUGUCAACAAGAAGGGAGAAGCCUUUACUACAUCUACAAUCUACUGUACAUCAAAGGAAAGUCUCAUCGAAAGAACUCAACAUCCAAAAGGAAAGGAAGGCUUGGAAGCUAUCCAAGAUUUGGAAGAUUCAUUACGCAAAUCAGCUAGUGGACCAAUCUCUGAUGAUGAAGGUCAAGCACCAAGAUUUACAUCAGAAUUCGUACCAAUCACGAAUAUUGUUGAAGGUGAAAUUGCUCACUUUGAAGCAACUCUGGUUCCAACAGGUGAUCAAAGUAUGGUUAUUGAAUGGUUCCAUAAUGACAAGCAAAUUGAUGCUAGUCACAGAAUUCGUACAGUCUAUGCUUUCGGAAUGGUUAUCUUGGAGAUUUUGGGUACUAAGAUUCCAGAUUCAGGAACUUAUACAUGUCGUGCAACCAACAAGUAUGGAAAGACAGAACAAAGCGUCACAUUGGGAUGCGUUGACAAGUCAGCUGGUCAACCACCCAAGUUUACAACUCAAAUUCAAAAACUUGAAGGACUUAAAGAUGGACAAUCUGCUCACUUUGAAUGCACACUGGAACCAGUUGGUGAUCCUGAUAUGAAGGUCGAAUGGUUCCAUAAUGGAGUUCCAAUGAGACACUCAACUCGCAUCAAGCCAGUUUCAGACUUUGGUUAUGUCUUGCUUGACAUUGCUUACGUACAAAGCCACGAUUCUGGUGAAUAUAUCUGCAAAGCAUCCAAUAAAUAUGGUGAGGAUUAUACACGUGCAACUAUUCAAUGUUACGGAAAGGGUGGUGUCUUCUAUGACACAUUACAGCCCGAUUCAUUGGCUCGCAUUCGUGAACUCGAAAGCUUAGGUCAACAAGCAGAACAGCCAAGCAGCCCAACUGGUGAAGCACCUAAAUUCACCAAACAAAUUAUCAGCUUGGAGAAAUUGGUUGAAGGACAAAGUGCUCACUUUGAAGCUCGUCUUACACCAACAAACGAUCCAGACUUGCAUGUUGAAUGGUACUGGAAUGGAAAGAAACUUCCUCAUGGUCAUCGAUUUAGAACUUUCCAUGACUUUGGAAUUGUCAUUUUGGACAUUUUGUAUUGUUAUGAGGAAAAUUCUGGUGAAUAUGAAUGCAGAGCUGUUAACAAAUAUGGAAGUGAUUCCACAAAAGCCACGCUCAAAUGUUUAUCAAAGGCUAAUCUUAUUUUGGACUCGCAACUACCAAGAGGCAUGGAAGGUGGUUUAGAAAAGAUUCAGACAUUGGAAGACUCACAUAUUCGUGAUCGUGACGACAGAUCGAUUGAGAGAGGUGGCAAGGCUCCUGUAUUUACAGUUCCAUUAUCAAACAUUGAUAGUUUACGUGAAGGUGAAAGUGCUCACUUUGAAGCACGUCUUACUCCAACUGAUGAUCCAAAAUUGAAGGUUGAAUGGUUCUGGAAUGGAAAGCCAUUGAAGACUGGCUCAAGAUUCCGUACAUUCUGUGACUUUGGAUUUGUCAUUUUGGAAAUCUCACCAGUAUAUCCAGAAGAUUCAGGCGAAUACUCAUGUCGUGCAACUAAUGACUAUGGUGAAGCAGUCACAACAUCAACAAUGAAGGUUCAAGGCAAGAGAAGCAUUAUCUACGAUUCACAAUUACCAAAGGGUAUGGAAGGAACAAUCGAUAAGAUUGCUGAAUUGGAAGGUUUGGGUGCAGGUCCAGGACAAAUGUCACCAGAUGAUGAUUCAGGUAAACCACCAGAGUUCAUCACAACACCAACUGAUUUAGUGAUUAAUGAGAAUCAAUUGGCUCACUUCGAGUGCCGUCUUACACCAGUUAAUGAUCCAAGCAUGAGAGUUGAAUGGUAUCAUAAUGGAAAGGCAUUAUGGGCUGGAUCUCGCAUCAAGACAAUCAACGAUUUCGGAUUUGUUAUUUUGGAAAUUGCUGGAUGUUAUCAACGAGAUGGUGGCUUAUAUACAUGCAAGGCCACAAACAAGCAUGGUGAAGCUUCAGUUUCAUGCAAAUUACAAGUCCGUGGACGUCAAGGAAUUGUCAUGGAACCUCAAUUGCCAUCAAGCUUUAGAACAGGAACAGAAGCUAUUCAGAAAUUGGAAGAGAAUCUCCAUAAACGUGAAGAAAUUCCAAUUGAUGAUGAAACACCAAACCCACCAAGAUUCCUUAUCGAAAUCAAGGAUAAUGUUGACAUCCCAGAAAGUGGACCACUUCACUUCGACUGCCGUGUUGAACCAAUCAACGAUCCAUCAAUGCGCAUUGACUGGUAUCAUAAUGGACGUCCAUUUGCUACUGGAUCACGUGUACAUAUGUUGAACGACUUUGGUUUCAUCGCACUUGACAUGGACUAUGUCUAUUCUCGUGAUUCAGGUGUUUAUGAGUGUAGAGCAACCAACAAAUGGGGAUCUGCAUCAACAAUUGCUAAGAUUAUUGUUAAAUCAAAGACUAACAUCAUUCUUGACUCACAAUUGCCAGAAGGCAUGACAGGUGAAAAGUUGAAGGAAUUAGAACGUGGACCAAUUUCACAAGCACCAAAAGACGAUGCUGUAUUUGGACCACCUAAAUUUGUCACACUCAUUCAAUCACUCACUGUUGAAGAAUCCGAUGCAAUUCGCUUUGAGGCUCGCGUUGAACCAAAAGAAGAUCCAAGAUUACGUAUCGAAUGGUAUCGCAAUGGCAAACCAUUGCCAUCUGGUCACAGAUUCAGAACACUUUAUGACAUGGGCUUCAUAUCUCUUGACGUUCUCUAUGUUUAUGCAGAGGACAGCGGAGAAUAUACUUGCCGUGCUGUAAAUGACUUUGGUGAAGAUUUUACUAAGGCUUUCGUCACAUGCAAGAAACUUCCAUCAAUCAUCUUGCAAAACCAAAUUCCAAAGGGCAUGCAAAAAUCUGAGACCGUUAUGCAGAUGGAGGCAACGAUUAAGAAAUAUACAUCAGAAAUCUUCCUUACUGAAGAUGAUCUGUUUGAUCCCGAUCGCAACCAGCCUCCACGAUUCGUCGUACAAAUCAAGAGUCAAGAAAAAUUGGUUGAGAUGCAAUCAACUAAAUUCGAAUGUCAAUUGGCACCUGUUGGUGAUCCUAAUAUGCGUGUUGAAUGGUUCUUCAAUGGAAAACCACUUUCAUUCAAAAAUCGCUUUACACCAAUUUACGAUUUCGGUUAUGUUGCAAUGAACUUCGGAUGGGUCUAUCCAGAAGACAGCGGAGAAUAUUUGUGCAGAGCUACCAACUUGUACGGUAUGGAUGAGACAAGAGCUUUCAUCAAGACAGCCGGUAAACCAGGCAUCAUCUAUGACUCACAAUUGCCAAAGGGAAUGAAGAGUUUGAAACAAAUCCGUGAGAUUGAAGCUAACCUUAACAAGGUUCCAGAAGAGAAGGUCGAACCAGAGAAGGCAAAGAUGAAGCCAACAUUUGUGUUGUCACCAGAUCCAGUUACCAUCGAGGAAGGUGAAUGGGCUAGGUUCUGCUGCCGUGUUACUGGACAUCCAAGACCACGUGUCAUGUGGUUGAUCAAUGGACACACUGUUGUCAAUGGUCAACGUUACAAGCUGUCAUACGAUGGCAUGUAUCACUUCGAUAUUCCAAAGACUCGUCAAUACGACACUGGUAAAAUUGAAGUCAUUGCUCGUAACUCAGCUGGUGAGGCAAUCACAUCAACUGAUCUUGAAGUCAUUUCACGCAAAGAUGACUAUCGUGGUGUUCUUAAGAACUCACCAAGACCAUGGUAUGAUUAUGACCUAGUCGCUUACCAAAAGGAACGUUAUGUAACAGAUUUAGAGAAAACAUUCGAAGAACGCAAUCAAACAAUUCAAGAGCGUGGCGGUGUUGACCUUAAUGCCGUUCAUCUUAAGCCAAAGGAAGUUAAGCCUGAACAACCAGAUUGGCAGAAGACUGUCAAGAGCAAGAAGACUAAAGAAUAUUAUGACAAAUUGUCAGAACUUGAAAGUGAGCAAUUGGUUAAGGAACAAAGAGUAAGAGAAUCAACUCAUCAAUAUGCUCUUCCUGGAGAUUCAGCUGGCAAAAAAUCAAUUGCCAAGGGUAUGGCUCAUUUGUAUGAAACUCAACUUGAGAAAACUGAAGAAGUCAACGGUGAAACAACAGAAGUAACCAGAAUCCAAAAGAGUAUUCCAGACCCAUCUGAAACAACAGUUCAUGGAAAGGAAGUUCAUGUCUCAAAACAAAAGCAAGUCCAAAAAGAGAAGGUUGGUGACACAGAAAUCACAAGAAAGAUCACAGCAACUGAAACAACAGAAGUUGAGCACAAGGGAACAACUCAAGAGCGCGUUGUAGAAGGUCCAGUUCAACCAUCUAAACCACCAGUUUUUACAAAGAAAAUCCAACCAUGCAGAAUCUUUGAGAACGAACAAGCUAAGUUUGAAGUUGAGUAUGAUGGCGAGCCAAUUCCAAAAGUCAAAUGGUUCCGUGAGAACUUUGAAAUCCAUAACUCAAAGGACUUCCAAAUUCAUACAUUUGGAACAAAAUCAGUUCUUAUCAUGCGUCAAGCUUUGUUAGAAGAUUCUGCAGUUUUUGCAGUCAUCGCUGAAAAUAGAGGAGGAACUGCCAAGUGCAGUGCUAAUUUAGUUGUUGAAGAACGUCGUAGAACUGGUCGUGGUGGAUUAAUUCCUCCAUCAUUCUCAAGCACCAUUCAAGAUGUUUCAGUUAGUGCUGGACAAUUAGCAAGAUUUGAUGCUCGUGUUACUGGCACAAAGCCAAUUGAUGUUUACUGGUUAAAGGAUGGCAAGAGAAUUUCACCAAAUAUUAAGUAUAAGAUGCUUGAAGAAGACAGUGUCAAUACAUUGUUGAUUAUUGAGACCUACCAAGAAGAUGCUGGCAAGUACGAGUGUGUUGCCAUUAAUGGAUCCGGAGAAGCUCGUUGCGAUGCCACAUGCUCAGUUGAUGUUCCAACUUCACCAAAGAUUGAGAAACCAACAACACCUGGAGCUGAAAAGAAGCCAAUUGUUCUUGAGCCAUUAAAAGAACAAAAGGUUGUUGAAGGUUCAGCCGUUGUAUUCAAAACCAAAGCAACUGGCAAACCAAUUCCAACAGCUUCAUGGUACAAGGGCGACAAAGUUAUUAAACCAUCAAAAUACUUCCAAAUGACAAAGGAACGCGAAUACUACACACUUAAGAUUUCUGAAGCCUUCCCAGAAGAUGAGGGCGAAUAUAAAUGUGUCUUGAAGAACAGCGCUGGCGAAACACCAACUAAAGCUAAGCUUUCUGUCUUGGCUCCAGAAGUUCAAGACGCUUUGCCAAAAUUGACACCAUUGAAGGACGUGGUUGUUACUGAAGGACAACCAGCCAAGUUCAAGACUACUCAUACUAGCAAGUCUAAGGUCAAUGUUCAGUGGUUCCGUGAAGGUCUUUUAAUUCCGGAAUCUCCAGAUUUUCAAUUCUUGACGGAAGGCAGUAGUGUCAGUUUGGUCAUCACAAACACCUACGAAGAAGAUUCAGGUGUCUUCACAUGUCGCAUCACAAAUACCGUCGGACAAGUUGAAACAUCCGCAAAAUUAAUUGUUAAAAGUAAGCCUUAA